GGAGCGGGGCGCGUGGACCGUGGCCUUUAUGGGAACGUUUUCCUCCAAGGUCGGACAAAGGCGGCGCCACCAUGGCUCGCAGCGCGGCCGACAAAGUCUCCGGCACCGAGGAUCUGGAAUCCCUUGACACCUAUAUCCAGAACACACUGUCUGCCCUCUACCCACCUUUUGAGGCCACGGCAGCCACGGUUCUCUGGCAGCUGUUCAGCGUGGCAGAGAGACUCCACGGUGGGGAUGGGCUGCGCUGCCUCACUGACUUCCUCAUCCCAGCCAAGAGGGCCCUACAGCACCUGCAGCAGGAAGCCUGUGCCAGGUACACAGGCCUCAUCUUCGUGCACGAAGGCUGGCCGCUGUGUGUCCGUGAGAAGGUGGUGGUGCAGCUCGCAUCCCUCCGUGGAGUCAGGCUCAGGCCCGGGGACUUCUACCUGCAGGUCACGUCAGGGCGGAAGCGGUCAGCCAGACUGGUUUUAAAAUGCCUCUCCCAGCUUGGACGGGGCUCAGAGGAAUUCACUGUCCCAGAGGCCAUGUACGGCUGCGUCUUCACGGGAGCGUUCCUGGAAUGGCUGAACGGGGAGCGGACCACUGUCCCCUUACAAAACUGCUUGCUGACCUCAGGCUCCGCCGUCUUCCGCACCCCAUGGAGCAGUGUCACAGACCCCAUCUUUGUACCUACAUUCGGAACUGCCCUGCCCCACUGCAGCUGUCCCGGGCCUGAGUGGCCGCCCCCACGAAGCACCUCCACGGCUCUGGCCCCGGUGUCAGCAGUGGCCAACACCCGUCCCCGGGAGGCCACCCCUUCCAGUAGCACUGCAGCCCUGCCCCACUGGCAAAGGCAUCCUGGCGGUGACCAGCCCAGCCUCCAACCUUCUCCAGGAAGAGCUGGGUGGGAAGGCCCUCGGAGCCCGUUUGGGAGCUCCAACGGAGGCCUUGUAGGGGUUGGGCCCUCAGAGCUGGGCCCACGGGAAGGACCAAGCGGGAGCCUGGAUGCCACAGACAAAAGGGACAGCCCCAAGUCCCUCACUGUCUGUGAGGACAUGGGAAGCCCAAGCUCCAGAAGGCAGUUGCCCAGGGACCCAGCCAGCGUGGAGAGCAAACGUUGGUUCAGGACGUCCUACAUGGAGGCGCUGCGGAACCCCAUGCCCCUGGGCUCCAGUUCUGAAGAGUCCCUUGGAGACGAGGCCUGCAGCUCCCAGACCAUGGGGGCCAGAACAGCAGCCAGCCCAGCCCCAAAGGAAACGCCCAGCCCAUGGGGAGACUCCAUGGGGAUCCCAAGUCGGGAAAAAUGUCCAGGAGCCACAAGGAGCACCCUUCCCAGGAGGUCUCGGUCCUGGGACAGGUCCCUCAGGAGCCGGCAAGGCGACACCCGGCGGGCCUCCCACCACUCAGUCGGCUGCAGGCUGGGAGGUCUCUCAGGAGGACAAGCUGAGGGGACCAGAAGCGCACGCUCCGGCCGCUCACCCCACACCGGGGCCCAGAGUCCAGGUCUCGCUGGUGCCGACGCAGACAGCAGCCCCUACCGUGGGCCCGAUCCUGGCUGGGUUCCAGAUGUGCCUGAGCCGCUGUGCCCCGAGGGAGGAGGACAGCCACCCAGCACGGGAGACGUGUCCAACCAGAUGCCCAGGCAGGUGCUGGAGGUCAGCCGGGAGCUCCUGCAGUCGGGGAUCCUCGCCCUCCCCGGGACCCGAGACCACCAAGGAAGGGCCGUGGUGCAGGUCUGCACGAGGGGCCCGCUCUGGUCCAGCAGACACGUCUCCAGCGCCGAGCUGACCCGCCUGCUGCUGUACUUCCAUGGCAUCCCCAGGAAGGAGGUGCGGGAGCUGGGGCUGGUCGUCGUGGUGGACGCUCGUGAGGGUCCAGCUGCCCCUGCUCUCUUCCAGGCUCUGGCAGUGCUGCAGAGCACAUCUCCUCCCAUAAUUCAUAGUAUUGUGCUGUUGGUGAAUAAAGAAUCGGGAUUUAGGCCUGACAAGGAUGGAACAAUUCAGUGUGAGGUAGUGGGCUCCCUGAAGGCCUUGCACAAGCUGGUUGACAGCUCACAGCUGACCGCAGACCUUGAUGGCUCCUUUCCCUACAGCCACAGUGCCUGGAUCUGCUUCCGUAGGAAGCUGGAGCCUUUCACCACAAAUUGCGAGGAUGCCAUUGUUUUCCUACAGAAAUCAGUCCUCUCCCUGAAUACCCCCCGGACCCUGAGCACAGCACAGGAGGUCACAGACCUAAUUGGCAAGCACAAAGCAAUGAUGAAGUGUGUGCUAGAAGAUGCCCUCCUGGUGGCCCUCCGACUAGAGGGUGGCGCCGUGCUGGCGCGGCUGAGGACGGAGCAGCUGGGCAUCAGCCAAGACUGCCGGGAUGCCAUCGAGGCCGCCUCCAGGCUGUACAGCCAAGUGGACGAAGAGGUACAUCGGCUUGUCCUCGCCUCUAACAGGCGUCUGCAGGAGCUGGAGAGGCUGCAGGGAGUGAGGGCACUCCAGGAGCGACAAGGCCAGGUGGAUGAGUGGAGGCAGCAGAGCCAUGAGCGCCUGGAGCUCCGGGGCCCAGAGCCGGGCACAGCAUGUGUGCAGAGCUGUCCCCAGGAGGCCGCAGAGCUGAUGGUGCAGAGCUUCCCCGAGGCCAGCACGGCAGCGGUGGCCCUGGGUGGCCCAAAGGUGCUGCAGCAGCAGCACCCCUUAGAGCUGCAGACCCAACUCCGCUUCCAAGAGGCCCUGUCUGGGGUUGGCCCAGACCCUGGCACUCCGCCUCUAGACCAGACAGCUCUGGAGCCUGAACUGGCCCCGGAAGCUGAGAGGAGGCACCGUGAGCUGUCCCGGGCCCCACCCCCUGACCCGGAGGGCCGCACUGGGCAGCAGGCCCAGCUGCUGUCUGGCCUCCCUAGACGAGCCCCUCCGUGCAGGCAGGAGACCGAGCCCCUGGCCCCAGCCAUGCCUUCCCCACAGGACAGCACCCCCUCCUCCUCCGAGCCCAUCCAGACACCCACCACCCACCCCAGGAAACAGCCCCUGAAGAAAAUGAUGAGGAAAACACGAAGCUUUGAGAUCGCACAGCUUGACAGUGGGCCCAGGGACGCCCCCUGGCCAGGCCACACCAGGGUCUUCAUCGGGGGCCUAGAGGUGACCAGCACCGUGGCCUCUGAGAAGAAGCCCCCACCGAGGCCACAUGCUGAGAGCCCCCUGGUCACUCGGAACCGGAGUCUGUCCUCUCCCUCCAGGACCCACCCCUCCGAGGAGGACGGAAGGAGGCGAGCAGGAAGCAGCCGCCAGCAGCACAUAAUGGCCGAGAUGGUCUCCACGGAGAGGGAGUACGUUAGGUCCCUAGGGUACGUCAUCGACAACUACUUUCCAGAAAUGGAAAGAACAGACCUGCCCCAGGCCCUUCGAGGGAAGCGCAGCGUUGUUUUUGGGAACCUGGAGAAGCUCUAUGACUUCCACGGCCAGCGUUUCCUGGCAGAGCUGGAGCGCUGCCAGCCCUGCCCACUAGCAGCGGGCCGCGGGUUCCUGAGACACGAGGAAGAGUUCAGCAUGUACGCACUCUACAGCAAGAACAAGCCCCAGUCAGACGCCCUGCUCUGCGGCCACGGAAACGCCUUCUUCAAGGACAAGCAGCAGCAGCUGGGCGACAAGAUGGACUUGGCCUCCUACUUGCUGAAGCCCGUGCAGCGUAUGGGCAAGUACUUGCUGCUGCUGCAGGACCUGGUCCGGGAGGCUGGCGGCAGCCCCGCCGGGGAGCAGGAGCUGCGCGAGCUCCAGGCCGCCGCAGACGUGGUCCGUUUCCAGCUGCGUCACGGCAACGACCUGCUGGCCAUGGACGCCGUCCGAGGCUGUGACGUGAGUCUGAAGGAGCAGGGGCCGCUGAGAUGCCAGGACGAGUUCAUCGUGUGCUGCGGGAGGAGGAAGCACCUGAGGCACGUGUUCCUCUUCGAAGACCUCAUCCUGUUUAGCAAGACCAGGAAGGUGGAAGGGGGUUACGACACCUACACGUACAAGCAGUCCUUCAAGACGGCGGAGAUUGGGAUGACGGAGAAUGUUGGAGACAGCGGCUUAAGGUUUGAGAUCUGGUUCCGCAGGCGGCGGAAGUCCCAGGACACCUACAUUCUCCAAGCCAGCUCUGCAGAGGUCAAGUCGGCCUGGACCCAUGUGAUAGGGCAGAUCCUGUGGCGGCAGGCUCUGAGGAACAGAGGUGGGCAGAAGAGGGCCAUGUUGUCAUAAUCUGCUCCGGGACAGCUUAGGCCCACUGCUCUCUGCCUCACCUUCGUCAAAGUGUCGUGCCCCUCUGGACACAGGGCUGAUGGUCCGCCCGUGGCCUCCCUGGAGGAGAGGGCCAUCCCCAUCAGGCGCCGCGCUCCUUGUGCCAGGACUCCCCUAGGUUUCCUGCUCCUGGAAGUUGGCCCCCUUGGUUGGUCCUCUCCUCUGCCCCCCCCCCAUUUCCCCCCUGGGCCCCCCCCCCGUUCACACCCGCCAGGCGGCGUUUCACCCGGUCCGGCUGCUACAGAUGCCGUCUGCAUGGCCACCCCUCCAAGCCGGCUUUGCUCUGACUGCCCAGGCAGGAGAAACCCUAAGGGCCCCAGUGUCCUAACAUGGAAGCACGACCUCCUGACCUUUCUCAGCGGCCACCUGGCCAGUGUUUUGGCCUGUCGUCAGAGACGCAGCACGGCCUCCCCCAGCAGCUUCCUCCAGAGGGCAGAGAACCCCAUGCACACGCGCAUACACGCAUGUCCACACUCGCACAUGCAACUCAGAAUGCGAGAAAUGGUGUCCAUGGGGAUAGGCAACAAGCCGUUCAUGGACAUCCAGCCCAGCGAUGCAGCCAUAAGUGAUCGGGCUGUCAAGAAGGGAGCAGAGUUACAGACCCGAGCAUCCGUGGUUGUGCCCCUCUGUGACCAUGCUGCCCCCUUUAAGAGACCACACUCCACCAUCUCAGACAGCAGUACCUCCUCGGGCAGUCAGUCAUCCUCGGCCCUGGGGCCACUGAGCCCGAAGUCAUCAGCCAGCCCAGCCCUGCUGAGCUCCACCCACUGGCCCUGGCCGGCUGACUUGCACGCCUGCUUCCAGGAGGAGGAGGAGCUGGAACAGGAGCCCGGCAGCCCGCCUUCCCCGCUGACCAAGGGCACGUCAUCGGGGGACAGUGGCCUCGGGCUCCCAGAGCUGUUCUCUGAGGAGGGCCCCAGGAGGGGCGCACAGGUGCCCACGCUCAGCCAGCACACCACGAUGCUGUGAUGUGUUGGGAAGAGGCUCAGGCCCUCCAGGGAGA